CGCCUUUCAAGCAUCACGGAUUUUCAUCCCACUACAUCUCAGCACGAGCCUCCCUUUCGAGCGGCGGGUUAGGUCGGGGGGGCGAGGUCUCCUCGUUCUUAAAUGAACCAUGUUCUGCCUCCGGAGCGCGAGACCCGCGGUUCUUCUAACCCACAGUGUGCUCUUGCUAAUCGCGUUAUCUGACACGGCGUCAAGCAACAACGAUAAGGACAGUAGUGACGGGAGAGAGGAUCUCCAGGUGGAUGCGUUCCUCCAGGGGCCCUCGGGCCAGGCUGCGGCCCACAGACGGGUCCCCGGGCCUGGGGAGGAGCUGGCCCAGUGGUGGGGAGAGUGGAGCAGCUGGUCCACCUGCUCUCGUACCUGCGGGGGAGGGGUGAGGUCCCAGGAACGACACUGUCUGCAGCAGAGACUUAGCUCCGCCCACAACAUCAACUCUUCCUUCUGUGUCGGCUCACCUAAACAGUACCAGCUCUGCCCCAGCCAGCCCUGCCCCAGCAGCAGGGUAAGCUUCAAACAGCAGCAGUGCUCCCAGUUCAACUCCAAGGCGUUUGGCAGGAGGCACUAUGAGUGGGUCCCCCUAUACCCAGACGACUACAUCAGCAUCUCCAACAAGCCGUGUGACCUGCAGUGCACCACCUCCUCUGGAGAGAGACAGCUGCUGGUCCCUGCUCACGACGGGACGUACUGCCGCGACGGAGCCCACCAGGGGGUCUGCAUAGAGGGGCACUGCCAGCCAGUGGGCUGUGACGGCCUGCUCUACUCAAGUAAGACGGUGGACAUGUGUGGCGUGUGUGGAGGCCACGGUGCUUCCUGUCAGCGCGUGUCUGGAAUAUUCCGGAGAGGAACCACUCACCUAGGUUACGUGUUCAUCACCAACAUUCCUGCCGGGGCCUCCGACAUCCAGAUCAUAGAGAGACGCAAGACAGAGAACAUCCUGGCCCUAUCAGACGAGGCUGGGCACUUCUUCUUCAAUGGGAACAGCGUGAUUGACAACCCCAGGAACUUCCGUGUGGCUGGGACAGUGUUCAAGUACCGCCGGCCCUCCACCUUCUUCUCUGAGGGUCUUGAGUACAUCAUCGCCCAGGGCCCCACCAACCUCGGCAUAAACUUGAUGUACAACAACCUGAAUGGCAAGAUGCCCCACAUCACGUAUGAGUACACUGUCCCCAGCCACCCCGCCCCUCGCACAGCCACGCCCCUCCACCAAGCCUCUUUAGACUCCUCCCUCUUUGAGCCCGCUCCCGGAGACACACUGCAGGGGACGCUGGAGACACGCCCCUCUCAGAGCCACGCCCCCCAUGGACACGCCCCCCAUGGCCACGCCCCCAAUGGCAACGCCCCCCACGACACGCCCACCAAUAGCACUUCCUCCCAGCUCUCCUCCCACGACAAUGAGAUAGACGUCAUGGAAGACCUUGAGAAACUGUCCAAUAACAACGCCACCCAGGGCCAAUCAGAUCCUCAGCUGGAGCGAGAGGGGGCGGAGCCGGAGAAAGAAGGGCUGGACGAGGAUGGGGAUUGGCUGGAGGGAGACAGGAGAGAACAGCCUGACCUGGAAAAGGAGGAGCUAGACACAGAGGAGGAGGAGCUGGAGCGGGCGGCGGCCAUUUUGUUCUACAGACCUGCCAGUGAUGUCAUCGGUGACAUCAUCACUCACAAUGACCUUCAGGAUCAGGAGAGACCGGUUCCCGCUGGUUACCGGACGGAUUCCAACUUGAUUGACAGCAACACAGCCAAUCCCAAUGCCACUGGCCCAGCCAAGCCCCUCCCCCACCAUCGCAGCCUCAUUAUGGACCUCUUCCUCUCUCCUGGCCCUCCAGGCCACGCCCCCAGACCGCCCCCCUGCCCAGAGAGCCCCGCCCCCUGCUCCGUCAAUCAGCUCAAUGCCUCCUCUGGAUUGAACAACCGCCUGGUGGUGGAGGCGUACGCUGGGAGUCUGGACCUGCAGCUUCACGGCCCUCCUGAGGAUGCCAGCUCCCCCUACGGGCUCCUGUAUGAACUGCAGCCCAACAGCACCCAAACUCUCUCAGCCAAUCAGCUGAACCUGCAUGAGGUGCUGCCUGUCCAAGGACCCAGCACGGAGAGCAGUAAUGAGUUUGAGGUGGGCUCUCUGGAGCAGGACAUCAGUCUGGCUGACAUGUACAGGUGGAAGAUCUCAGCCUACGCCCCCUGUAGCUCAACCUGCACUACAGGCAUCAGCACGUCCUAUGCCCUGUGUGUGAGGUACGACGGCACGGAGGUGGACGAGGCCUACUGUGAUGCUCUCACCAGACCCGAGCCCACCCACGAGUUCUGCACCGGCAAGGACUGUCUGCCCAGGUGGGAGAGCAGUCGCUGGAGCGAGUGUUCUAGAACCUGCGGUGAGGGGUUCCAGUUCCGGACGGUGCGCUGCUGGAAGAUGAUGUCACCGGGGCUGGACAGCUCUGUGUACGACGACCUGUGCGAGGGGGCGGAGCUACACAAGCCCAUGUCUCGCAAGGCGUGCAGGAGCAGUAGCUGUGGCCCGCAGUGGGAGGUCUCUGAUUGGUCAGAGUGCUCGGCAAGGUGUGGGGGGCGUGGCCUGAGCAGGAGGGAGGUGCGCUGCUCCAUGGAAACCAGACUGUGUAACGAUUCAUCUCGACCAAUCAGUGAGAAGGAGUGUGAAGGCCCGCCUUGCGAUCGCAGGUGGACUGUGUCUGACUGGGGCCCUUGCUCAGGGGUGUGUGGUGAGGGCAGGAUGACUCGUUACGUGGUGUGUAAGACGGCCAGUGGCAGCAGCAUCUCGGAGGACCAGUGCGACCACACCCUCCGACCCCUGGCUGUGCAGCCCUGUGGAGGCAGGACCUGCCCCGCCCACUGGGUGGAGCAGGAGUGGGAGCAGUGCAACGCCACGUGUGGUCGUGGCGUGCGUGUGCGUCAGGUGGUCUGUGCUGGACUGGAGGAGGGCGUGUUCAAGGGUUACCCGGAGCAGAGCUGUGACUCCUCCCCCAGGCCGCAGGAUAGCUCCGCCUGCUUCCAGAGACCCUGCUCCAAAUGGUUCACCACUUCCUGGUCCCAGUGCAGUAAGACUUGUGGGAGUGGUGUCAGGGUGCGGGAGGUCAAGUGUUACCAAGGGGAGGAGCUAGGCCACAGCUGUGACUCCGCCCUCAAACCCGAGGCCAGACAGACAUGUGAAGUCCUGCCCUGCCCCACGGACGCUCCCGCUGCGGAGGACCAGUGUCAGGAUAAGGUGACGGCGACCUGUGGGCUGGUGCUGAAGGUCCGGCUGUGUUCUCACUGGUACUACAGGAAGGUCUGCUGCCAGUCCUGCCACGGGCGGGGCCCCUGACCUCCGACCCCUGUUACCUGACCCUAUACUGACCCCCAACCCCUGACCCCGCCCUAGGCCCCUUCCCCCCACACAAUGUGAAGACCCCCCCCAAUCAGGAGAGCACACUGCUUUGUCCCCUCAGCCCCUCCCCUUGUAACCCCCCCU